AUGGCGCAGGCCGAUGCCGCCGCCUUCUUCCGCGACGCUCCCCCGCGCGUCGUCAUCGAGAUCAUCCGCCGCCUGCCUGCGAGGUCGGUCCUGCGCCUCCGCUCGGUCUGCAAGGUCCUGCGCGACGUCACGUCCUACCAGCCCCUCCUCGCCGCCGUCCACCUGCUCCACCUGCCGCAGCCGCUCAUCUGCUUCGGCCGCGACGCCUUCCCCGACCGCUCAAUCCGGUUCAGGGACUACUGCGUCGAGGCCCUCCACCUCCGCUCCGACAUGCUACGCCCCGUCCUUCGGUUCACCGACAGCGAGUACUACGACUUCAUCGACAACAUCCUCACGGUCCACGGCUCCAUCGACGGCCUCCUCCUGCUCUCCUUCAUCAACAUCUGGUACAUCUGCAACCCCGCGACGCGCCAGUGGGUCGCCCUCCCGGACCUCAGCAACUGCACCGUGAUUGGGCUCUACGCGCACGUCUCCUCCGGCGAGUACCGUAUGCUGGUCCACACAGGCCAAGAUGAUGGGGCGACCUGGACUCGCUACUACGUUCUCAGGGUCGGCGCUGAGGAGGCCAGGGGCAUCGGGCGCCCCAUCCCGCCGCCGGCGACCUUGCACGUGGGGUCGUUGAGCAUCGGGCUGGAUCCUGUCUCGCUCUCGCCGCCCGUUCAGCUCCGCUGCAACUUGCACUGGCCGCCGCAGGAGCGCCAAGGGUACCACAUGCUGGUGUUCGACACGGAGGCCGAGGUGUUCAGCUGGAUGAGCUCUCCCAACCCCAUCAGAGAAGGGAGCACGCAGCUGCUUGAAAUGGAUCGCAAGCUCGCCAUGUCCGUCUCCAAGGUCGGCAGGCCAACGCUAGAGCUCUGGCGUCUAGAGGAUUACCGCAACGAGAUUUGGGUCCAGAUAUACCGGAUCAGAAUCCCAGUGAUGGAAAUACCUGAUCUGCAUUAUAUAGACUGGUUUCCACAUGUUGUCUCACCGCAAGGGGAUGUGCUGAUCGAGUGCUCGAACAAGCUGCUAUUGCACUGUGACAGGAAUGGGAAUUUGCUUCGGAAGUUUCAGUUCCGUGAGGAGGCACCGGUGGUUAGGCAUGCCCUGAAGGAGACCCUUCUUCCUCAUGCUAUCUUUCGGGAGCCCAAGAUUGCCGAUGGUGAUGUUGAACCGCCAUUCUUCGAGGGGCUCUAG